AUGGAUACUUGGACUAGAGGUGGCGGUGGUGGACGAGGACGUGGAAAUCGAGGAAGAGGACGAGGCGACUACAACAAUGAUCGACAAAACCAAUACAAUGAUGGUGGUAGCAGUAGUAAUAUUGCUUCAAGAUUAGGUCCUAUGCCUGGUGGUGGUAACUUUGCAUUCAAUGAUCAGUAUUCUUACAACAAUUCCCAGCAACAAAGUCGAGGACGAGGUGGAUACAAUGACGAUGGUCGUGGUCGAGGUGGUGGUAAUUAUCGUGGUGGUAAAACUCAAUUCACACGAGACUUUGUAGAUGAAGACAUCAAUAUGCAAGAUAUACCUGAUGGCGCUCCUGUGAUUAUGGUAUCUGGAUAUCCUCAAGGCUCUGAACGAGACCUUCUCAACUUUUUACAUCGAAAAUCCAAAGUAGAAUGGGAAGAAUUGAAUGUGCAACAUCAAAAUGGAGUUACUUAUAUUACAGUUGAUAGUCCUACGUCUGCAGAUGCAUUACUUCGAAAAAAUGGUUUUACUUUCCAUGGCUCAACAUUAUCUAUUGCUAUGGCUGAUGGAUCUACCAAUGCAAUUUCAAUAACUUCAUCUCGUCAACCAAGGAACAAUCAACAACAACGAGGCAAUAGAUCCAAUGCACUCGCUGAAUUUUUACAGGAAAGAUGGGACCCUCAAAAUGGCUUUUUAAAUUUGGAUGACUUACCACCAACAUCACAUUCUAUCUCGGUUGUCAUUGGAAGGUUAUUGAAUGAAGCUCAAAGAAUCUAUGGAAAUGCUGUUGUCACAAUGUCAUUUGCAAGAAAUAAACUCUUUUCAGUUCAACCUAUCAACAAAUUGACCGAACUUUUCCCUGGUCUUCAAAAUCUUUCAUUACAAGAAAAUGACAUUCGCGAAUUUCGACGUUUGGAUCAAAUAUCAAAUAACAAAUUACCACGACUUAACGAAUUGGUGUUACUUGGCAAUCCUAUUCAAUUGGAAACAAGUCCAGAAAUAUAUACUAGUGAAAUCGCUCGUCGGUUCCCAUCCAUAUCUCAAUUAGAUUUCCAACCUUUAUCAACUGGCACUGGUGCUCUUCUUGGAUCACCUUCUCCUGCUGGAAACAAUUCAUCGUUACCAUUACCAAUCAAAGAAAACUUUUUCGAUCAAGAUAGUUCAAGACAGGCAUCUCAAGAUCUACUAUCAAAAUUCUUCCCAUUAUUUGAUUCAAAUCGUUCUGCUCUGGCCGAUUUAUACGAUAGUCAAUCCACUUUUUCCAUUAACGUUAGUACAGCAUGUUAUGCAAGAAAUACAUGGGGUCAAGGUAAGACAAAAGAAAAAAAAAAUAUCAAGAAUCAUUUUGAAAGACAACGAAUGACGAUGGGGAACGAAAACAUUUCGAAACGAUUUUCCAUGUUCCCUCCUACGAUUCACGAUUUAUCUCAUGCUGAAAAUUUUGUUACUGAUGCAUGGCAAACUUCUGGUUCAUCUACUCAUCCGGUUUUAUUAUAUCUUACUGUCCAUGGUUCAUUCCGGGAAGCAAGUGGAGAAGUAUCUUUUGACCGUGUGUUUUUAAUUGCACCUUCCUCUCCUGGAUCAAGAGCUCAAGUUGCUGGUUGGCAUUAUGUCAUUCUCUCGGAUUCCAUGAUUUUACGCAAUUUUUCCCCUCAUCAGAAAUGA